UCGCCGACGAGAUCCCCCAACGGAGCCACACGCCGGCGACUUCAAUCAUCCCUGUAAUCUCCUACAUCUCUCUCUCUCUCUCUCUCUCUCCCCCCCGAAGAACCCGAAUCCAAACGACCUAAGAGACGUGAAAGGGGAACGCUUCCUUGUGUCUGAAGUCUGAUAAUUUCAGAAAAACAACGAUAUGUCCCCUGCUUCAGACAAGACUGAUGAAUCACCAAAAUGGAUGAGUUUCCGUUCUCUGCUACUAUCCUCCAUGCUCCUCCGCGUGUUCUUGAUCGUCUACGGAGAGUGGCAAGACGCUCACAUGGAGGUCCGCUACACUGACGUCGACUACAUCGUCUUCUCCGACGCUGCCUCCUUGAUGGCCUCUGGUGAAUCUCCUUACAAGAGAACCACUUACCGUUACUCACCUCUCCUCGCGCUUCUCCUCGUCCCCAACUCAAUCUUCCAUCGUUCUUGGGGAAAGUUCCUCUUCUCUGCUUCUGGUAUAUGCUUCUCUCUCCCAACCCUUAAAGGUUCAACCUUUAUUUGUCUGAUCAUCAGCUUCAGACAGCAUAACCUGUUUGUCGUUAUAUGUCUCUCUUCAGAUUUGCUGGUGGGUUUGUUUAUCCGUAAGAUUUUGAAACAGCGUAAGGUGUCUGAGAAGGUGUGCACAGUUUCUGUAAUGGUGUGGCUUCUCAAUCCGUUUACGUUCACAAUUGGAACCAGAGGGAACUGUGAACCCAUCGUUUGUGCUAUGAUUCUGUGGAUCAUCAUCUCCCUAAUGAAAGGUAAUUUGUCACAAGCUGCAUUUUGGUACGGCCUUGUUGUUCAUUUCAGGGUGUAUCCUAUCAUCUAUGCGUUACCAAUCAUCCUGGUUCUCGAUUCCAAGUUGUUUAGAUCUGGUCACAAGCCUCCUCUUGAGGGUUGGACAGAUACUAGCAGCACGGAGAAGAGAACAUUCGACUUCAGUGUUGGAAGUUUGUUUUCGAGGGAGAGAAUCAUGUUUGGUUUGAUAUCCGGGGCGGUUUUUCUAGCUUGCAAUGCUGUUUCUUUCUACUUUUAUGGGCACGAGUUCCUCCACGAGGCUCUCUUGUAUCACCUCACACGCACGGAUCCGAGGCACAACUUCUCCAUCUACUUUUACCACAUUUAUCUUCACUACGAGCGCCAGUUCUCAGCUCUGGAGAAGCUUAUCUCGUUUUUGCCUCAGUUCACAGUACAGCUUGCUUUAGUCUUCUGCUUCUCUCAGGAUCUAGUGUUCUGUAUGUUUCUCCAAACCGUCGCGUUCGUGGCUUUCAAUAAGGUGAUAACGGCGCAGUACUUUGUGUGGUUCUAUUGCCUGCUACCUCUGAUUCUACCGUGGAGCCGUAUGAAGCUGAAGUGGGAAGGCAUCUUAUGCAUGGUUCUGUGGAUUGGAGCUCAGACUCAUUGGCUGUUAUGGGGAUACAUGCUCGAGUUCAAGGGGGUUAACGUCUUUUUACAGCUAUGGAUGGCGAGUUUGGUGUUUCUGGCUGCAAACACAUUUGUCCUUGUCAAGAUCAUACAGCGACAUCGAUUCUCUCCUCUCUUCGGACAGUACGUGUCCUCUGAUAGAAAGAAUGUUACGAAACUUGACUGAUACUUGUUCCAAAAGCUGUUUGCUUUUCUUUGUUUAUUGGGUCAUUUCAUAUUUAUUUAGGACCUUGGAACUUUGGUUUUUGUAUAUGAUUCUUGAUCUUCAAGUUUUGUUUGAUAUGUC